UAAAUACAUUCCGCCUCCGCCCGCCUCAAGAGCACUCAUUUCCCACUUUUUGGUUUCGAGAAUUUCAUGAUAACCAUUUUCUGGAAGCUCUUCAACUUCAGAGCUCUCUCGCACUGUCAUUCUUCUUUUUCUUCUUCUUCUUCGCUACGCCUCUCGACCAAAUCCUGGUGUGAAGCUAAUUUGUGGAAGCUUUUCUAUAUAUGGCCUUUGAGCAUUACUUUCCCCAUGGAUGGAGGAGGCAGGUACCAGCUGCAAUGGCAAACUCUGAGAAGUUUAAGCCUUGCUUUGACUGCAACAUUUGCUUAGACUUUGCAUCUGAGCCUAUAGUUACCCUCUGUGGCCAUCUCUAUUGCUGGCCUUGCAUUUACAAGUGGCUUCACGUUCAGAGUGCCUCCCUCACCCCCGAUGAGCCUCCGCAGUGUCCAGUUUGCAAGGCCAAUAUUUCCCACACGACAAUGGUUCCUCUGUACGGCCGUGGUCAAUCGGCCGAAGAUGCUGAGGUUGAUGCCAGAGGGCUGCUCAUACCUCCUAGACCAUCAGCUUUCGGUAACAAGGCUCUGGCAACUAUCAGAUCUAAUACUGCUUCUGGCCAGCAGUUUGCUUAUGGAGACCUUUAUCAAAACCAAAUCUACAAUUUUGAUAUGUAUGACAGUUAUGAAGAGGACUCCAGCAGCUCGUUGUUUAACCUCGAAGACAGCUCGGUUGGUAGUCUUCAUCAUCCUACGGCCGGGAUGUUCACGGAGACAGUGUAUGCUAGGUUCUUUGGGAAUUCAGAGAACGUAUACACACACCCGAGUUCUUAUGGUCCAAGUGGGAAUAGCAGUCCUCGGUUGAGAAGGCAGGAAAUACUGGCAGAAAAAUCGCUUAAUAGGAUAUCUAUUUUUCUCUUCUGUUGCUUCGUUUUGUGCCUUGUUGUAUUCUAAUUACAACUGAAGACUUCUGUAGCUUUUCGUUUGUAACUAUUUUAGUGAAGAGUUAUGAAACUUUGGUGUAAUAGAUUAGUUAAACACACCACAUUAUGUGUAGCUUUGAUUCAUUUCAAAUGAGCAACUACCAAUGGCAUAGUUUGUUAAA